ACCAGAGUAAGAACUUUGUUGCUAAUGGGAGCUGUUCUCGUGGUCAUUUAUCUCAAUAAAGAGAUAAACUUAACUGAUCAUAAAACCAUCUGCCCCCAAGAAUACGGGAAAAAGAAUGGCACUCAAACAACGCCACUCACCAAAAAUACCUCCUGGCCCAGAUGUCAACAAAACAUGUCUGCUGCUAGCGUCACAAACUUCAGCUCUCUUCCUGGUAGAAUACAAGACUUUCUCUACUAUCAGCACUGUCGACAUUUUCCCAUGCUACUGGACAUUCCCGACAAAUGUGGAGGAGCUGAUAGAUCUUCAGAGGUCUUCCUUUUACUGGUCAUCAAAAGCUCUGCAGCAAACCAUGACCGACGGGUGGCGCUGCGCAAAACCUGGGCUAAAGAGAGGUCACACAAUGGUGUGUGGAUCCGAAGGCUCUUCAUCUCAGGAACGAUGGGCGCUGGUUUUGAGAAAAAGAGGUGGAACAAAUUCCUUGAACUGGAGCAACGCGAGUACAGUGACAUUCUACAGUGGGAUUUCAAUGACUCGUUCUUCAACCUCACUUUGAAGCAGAUACUCUUCCUAGAAUGGAUGGAAAGAAACUGUCCACAUGUUCACUUCCUGCUAAAUGGUGAUGAUGAUGUCUUUGCCAAUACAGACAACAUGGUUCAGUAUCUCCAAAGCCUUAAGGACAAUGAUGGAAGCAAACACCUCUUUAUUGGCCAUCUGAUCCAGAAUGUUGGACCCAUAAGAUUGCCAUGGAAUAAGUAUUAUAUCCCUGUUCAGGUGCAGGAGUCAGACACAUAUCCCCCCUACUGUGGUGGUGGGGGCUAUCUCUUAUCCAGAUACACAGCUUUGGUCAUAUACAGAAUAUCCCAAUCGAUCACCAUUCACCCUAUUGAUGAUGUUUACAUGGGCAUGUGCCUGGCUAAAGCAGGACUUAGUCCUGAGUCUCAUAUUGGUGUGCAGACAGCAGGAAUAUACAUUCCCUCCCACAAAAUCGAUAACUACGACCCUUGUUAUUACAGAGAAAUCCUUCUCGUUCAUAGAUUCCUGCCAGCUGACUUGUAUCUUAUGUGGCACAGGCUGAAUGAGCCUAAUCAGGAAUGCUUUGCUGAUGCCAAAUAG